AUGUCGGAAGCCCUCCAAGCACACAAUGAGAGUCCACCAGCUUCCAGCGAGGGGUCUGUUACACUUGUACAGGUCUCAGAAUCUAUUUCGGAAACAACGAUUGUACCAGAACGACCAGGACUAAAUGUUUUCUUGGGCCAUAACGAGGAAGAAGAGGGCUAUCUGCGGCAACGAGCCCCAGCUCCAAAACAGAAAACGUUCAGUUCUGCGACAUAUACGCAUGCCGAGCAGUUCCUUGAGGUCAUGAAGGCCUACCAGAUAUCCCACCAAGAUUCAAAAGCCGCUUCGCAGAUCAGCAAGGGACGUGAACAGGUAUUGGCCACACUCUUACGUAUUCCUGAAAUCAUAGUAGAGGCUGAACAUGCUGUCGAAACAUUUUACCCGGAUCCGACAUUGUAUGACAAGGCUCAGGAACUAUAUCUUGCGAUCUUGGGAGCCAUUCAAGGAGCAACUGAAUGGCUGCAACAACAUCCUGUCGGUAAGCAAGCUCGAGCUUUGGCACGUGGCCAACGAUACAACAAGCGUUUCAAAGAUAAGAUGCAAGCGCUCAACGAAGCGUUGGUGUCCUUGCAAGCUAGAGCUUCCGUCUUGCGUGACGACGCUAUAGUUGCCACCCAAAAGACUUCGAAAAUCGUGGAAACCGUUGUUGAUCAAAUUGCAAUGACUGGUGCGGACUUGACACGCGAUACAAAGAUGAAUGUCGAACUGUUGCAAGAGCAAACAAGAAGCAUGAGAUACUUGGCGGAGAAUACCGAAGUCCAGCUAACCUCUGUCGCACUAAAGCAGGAUGAAAUGGAUGUUAGAGCUCAUGUCGCCCAUUCCACGACCCAUGUCAAAAUCGACGGCGUUCGGGCGGCAAUAAAUGAGACCGAUGUAAAGAUCGAUGAUAUCCACGGUUUUCAGAAGGCAACCCAUCGCAGAGUCGAGACUUUGACUGAUGUGCAGGAAGCUAAAGAUCAAGCAGCCAAAGCGAAAGACCAGGCUGCUAAGGCAAUGAUGAUGGCAUUUGAGAACGCUGAAUGGAGAAAACGAGACAAUCUGAAUAUCUCAAGGCUGAAGAGACAGGUCAAAAGGCUGCAGCUGCAGAUCAGUGGCUUGACUCAACCAGAUCUGCUGAACAUAUUAGGCGUGGACGCUGAAAGCCACAUUGAGGACUACAGACGGGUUCACCGAGCUUGUCAGUCAAUCGAGCCAUCAGACUCACAAAUUGCUCAAGCUGUCAUCGCAGGGCCAACGUUCCAGGGGUGGGUUUCUGCGGAUGACUCAACGGAAGUGUUUGUUGAAGGCGGUCCUGCUCUAGGCUUCCAUGGAUGUCUUGCUUCCCUUUCACUGAUGAGCUGUCUUGUAAUUGAGCACUCGCCCUCUUUGUUGAUACAGUUCUUCUGCCGCCGCCAUGUCUCCUCGAAGGAUCCAAUUCAGGGACCCCAAGGCAUGAUGCGAAGUCUGACCUGCCAGGUUCUGCGAUUCUUUGACCAACAGGUCGAUCUAAAGUUCAAUUUCGACCCACGAGACAAGGAACAGCUAGAAUCGCACAACCUUCAAACGCUGUGCAGCUCUUUUGCGACGGUCGUCAAGCAGCUUUCCCCAGACCUGGUGUUGAUCUGCGUUAUUGACAGCAUCGACUGCUUUGAAAGGCCUGCAUGGGUGGAAGAUUGCAAGGUCGUUAUCAAGGAAAUCCAAGACCUCUUGUACGAGUAUGAGAAUGGCCCUAUUUUCAAAUUGCUCGUCACUAGCCCGAGGCGCAGCAAAGGUGUUGGCAAUCUUUUCAGACGCCAAAAACGUUUGCUGCUCUCCAGUGACGGAUUCGGCCGAAACGCCCCCACGGCUAGGGAACAGGCUUUGUCUGCUCGAAGACCGAAGGCAAGAGAGAGUAGCACCUUUCGGUCGCUGAAAAAUAUGAUGCCAGCAGCAAUAGAAGGUUCUUCAGAGGAAGUCUCCGAUUCUGAGGGCGACUGGGACUCCCAUCCAGAAUGA